GCGCGCGCAGCCGCCCGCGGGGCGUGAGGCAGCGCAGGGGUUAAGGCCGCUGGCGCCACCUGGGCGUCGCUGAGGAGACCCGCGAGCCGGCGAAUCCCGCGCGGGCGGGGCGAACAGGUGCCCGCGCGCGUCAGGCGCCGGCAAGGGGCGGGGCGAGGGGACGCGGCCGGAAGCCCGGGGCGGGGCGCUGCCGGCCCGGUGAGCCGGGGGGAGCCGGGGAAGGCAGGAAGGAGCUCGCCGGGUUGCGCGGCGCGCGAUGUGGAGCCGCCGCCUCGGCCCCUGCAGCAGCAGCCGCCGUCGCCGCCGCUGCUGCUGGGGCUGCCGCCGAGCCGGGGGUCAUGGAGUGCGGCUGCAGAGAGCGGCCGCCGGCAGCAGCAGCAGCAGCAGCAGCGAGCGUCGCGGCGACAGCGGAGCGCAGCCCGCCCCGUGAGGCGCUGCUCGGCCGGCGGCGGCAGCAGCAGCAGCAGCGGCAGCGGCAACAGGGCGGCUGAGAACCCGGCGGCGGCGUUCCUCCUCGCUUCCUCCCCUCCCGCUUCGCCGCCCCUCAGUCUCCGUUCCUGAGUCCUCCCUUCCCCAGCCUUCCCGUUCCCACCACCUCCUCCGCCACUACCCCCACCCCCUCCUCCCGCGCGCGCGUGAGCAGCUGAGCCCGGGGGCGGGGGAGGGGGCGCGUGCCGCCGGCGCGGGGGAGGGGCGGGCCGGCGCGCGCCGCGCCCAGGGCUCGCGGGGACCCGGGGACGCGUGCCGCGGCGCGAGGCGAGGCGCGGGGCGCGGGGCGGCGCGGCGGGGCCCCUCCCCCCUGCAGCCUGGCGCGCGCGGGCCGGGCCGGGCCGCACCGCUGCGGGCUCCGCGCGCGCGGGCCAUGUCCGCUUUCUGCCUGGGCUUGGCCGGCCGCGCUUCAGCACCCGCAGAGCCGGACAGCGCCUGCUGCAUGGAGCUGCCCGCCGCGGCCGGGGAGGCAGUCCGGAGUCCCGCCGCCGCCGCCCUCAUCUCCUUCCCCGAGGGCUCCGGGGAGCUAGAACUGGCGUUAGAGGAGGAGCUGGCGCUGCUGGCGGCCGGGGAGCGGCCGUCCGACCCCGGGGAAUACCCUCAGGCCGAGCCUCGGUCUCUGGCCGAGGGGGCCGGACCGCAGCCGCCGCCCUCCCAGGACCCCGAGCUGCUGUCGGUGAUCCGGCAGAAGGAGAAGGAUCUGGUGUUGGCGGCCCGGCUGGGCAAGGCGCUGCUCGAGAGGAACCAGGACAUGAGCCGGCAGUACGAGCAGAUGCAUAAGGAGCUGACAGACAAGCUCGAGCACUUAGAGCAAGAGAAACAUGAAUUGAGAAGACGAUUUGAGAACCGAGAAGGGGAGUGGGAAGGCCGAGUGUCAGAGCUGGAGAGUGAUGUGAAGCAGCUACAGGAUGAGUUGGAGAGGCAGCAGGUUCAUCUGCGGGAAGCAGAUCGAGAAAAAACACGGGCUGUCCAGGAACUGUCAGAACAGAACCAAAGGCUAUUGGAUCAGCUCAGCAGGGCAUCAGAAGUUGAGAGACAACUCUCCAUGCAGGUCCACGCCCUCAGAGAAGACUUUCGGGAGAAAAACUCGUCAACCAACCAGCACAUCAUCCGGCUGGAGAGCCUUCAGGCCGAGAUCAAGAUGCUGUCAGAUCGGAAACGGGAGCUGGAGCAUCGUCUCAGCGCUACUUUAGAGGAAAAUGACCUGCUCCAAGGGACCGUGGAGGAGCUACAGGACCGGGUGCUAAUCCUGGAGAGGCAGGGCCAUGACAAGGACCUACAGCUGCACCAAAGCCAGCUGGAGCUUCAGGAGGUGCGUCUCUCCUGCCGACAGCUGCAGGUGAAGGUGGAAGAACUCACUGAGGAGAGGAGUCUGCAGAGCUCUGCCGCCACCAGCACAUCCCUCCUGUCAGAGAUCGAGCAGAGCAUGGAGGCUGAGGAACUGGAACAAGAGCGAGAGCAGCUGAGACUGCAGCUCUGGGAAGCCUACUGCCAGGUUCGCUAUCUGUGCUCACACCUUCGAGGCAAUGACAGUGCUGACUCAGCCGUCUCCACGGACUCCUCCAUGGACGAGUCUUCAGAAACCUCGUCCGCCAAGGAUGUGCCAGCCGGCAGCUUGCGCACUGCCCUCAAUGAGCUCAAGAGACUGAUACAGAGCAUUGUGGAUGGCAUGGAGCCCACGAGCUCCCGGAGACUUGAUGAUGACUCCUUAGAAGAACAGAUAAGGCAAACCAGUGAGGACUCGAGAGCCCUAAGGGAGCUCAUGGAGGGAGAGAGGGGUAAACUGAGGCAAAGCCUAGAAGAGCUGCAGCGACUCCACAGUCAGGUGACAUUGCUGAGUGUGGAGAUGACUGCCCUAAAAGAGGAGAGAGACCGACUCAGAGUCACAUCUGAGGACAAGGAGCCAAAGGAGCAGCUUCAAAAGGCCAUCAGGGACCGCGACGAGGCCAUUGCAAAGAAGAACGCUGUGGAGCUGGAACUUGCCAAGUGCAGGAUGGAUAUGAUGUCUCUCAACAGCCAGUUGCUGGAUGCCAUUCAGCAGAAACUGAACCUCUCACAGCAGCUGGAAGCUUGGCAGGAUGACAUGCACAGGGUCAUUGACCGGCAGCUGAUGGACACGCACCUGAAAGAACGGAGCCAGCCGGCUGCCGCCCUCUGCAGGGGCCACAGCGCUGGGCGGGGGGAUGAGCCCAGCACCACUGAAGGCAAACGACUCUUCUCAUUCUUCAGGAAAAUUUAAGUUGGGAGGAGUCAGGCCACCAAAGAUGGGUAGACUGGAGGCAGCUGGAAAGGCGGUGCAGGCGAGGCCUCCCCUGCAGCUUGCACUCAGCAGCUGCCCUGCCCCUCAUGCUAGGGCCCCAUGGGUCCGGGAGGGCCUGCUCCCUUUCGUCAGUGGGGAUGGAGACCUAGAGGUGGGGGCCUGUCUUGGCCACUGAAGACUUCCCUCGGCCCACCGCCUGGCCAAGCCCACGCCUGGGCUUCUCCAGGACCCCGUGCUUGAGCAGGGUUAGGCCACCUCCCAGAGGGGCCCCUUGGUGUUGGGCUUUGCAGCUCACGCCCAACAGAUCGCAGCCCACCCCCAGGCACUGCUGCCUCCUCGACUUUAGCAAAUGGGGAACAGAAGGAAUGGAGGCCCUUCUCUGCAUGCCUCAGGAGGCCUGAGCCCCAGGGGCCUGGACCUGUGGGGGCAGCGGGCCAGGCCUGAGCCUCCAUUCCUUCCCCAGCCCCUGGCCCAGGGUAGAAGGGGAGAUGGCAGCCCCUCCCCCGCGUGCAUGCACCUUGGCUGGCAGGAGGCCAAGCCUCUGGCCGCAGGGUUUAAGAGACGGGGCUUACCCAAGCUCAGCUGAGGCCACCCGAGCCCCAGGGAGGAAGAAGGCCCUGUCCCCCGGUCGCCACUGCUCUCCCUCCCAGCCUUCAGUCUCUGCCCCUUAGCAGAGCCGGGCCAGGCAGAGUGUUGUCACCAGUCAUCUGCAGGCUUUAGCCAUCCAGCCCUUUCCCCUGCUCAAGGCUGGGGCUGGACGGGGUCUCCUCCUCCCACAGCUCCCUCCUCUACCCCUCACAUACGUAAUUUCUUGGCCCAGCCAAACAAGUCCAGGCCACAGAAUGGCACCAGAGGGAUCUGUGGUCAGCCACCCCACCUUGAGGGCAGCACAGGCACCACGGGGUGGAGGGGAGGGGGAGGCUGCCGGGAGCCUCUAGAUGCUGCCUGCCUGCCUGCCUGCCUGCCUGCAGAAGGCUGCAGCAGCUGCUGCUCCUGCCUCUGCAGCCGCCCCACCUCCUCCACCUAGGCCCCAACUCAGAGGCUCCAUGGCCCGGCCAGCCCUCAGCUGCUCACAACUGAUUCAGUCUCCCUCCCUCACGUGGGGAAAGCACAGCAGGGAUGCGCGGCAAGAAUGUACCUGUAGAUGUGUACAUACCACAGUGCUGUAAUUUUGUAUGUAGCAAUCAUGUAAAUACAUGUAUGGAUUUUAUAAUAUACAUAUAUAAAAAUCUAUAAAGGCAUAUUUUUAGAAAAACAGCACACCACUGCUUCUUUUGAAAAUAGUCUGAAUAAGAAUAAAAUGAAUUUCUACAGAG